UCUGACUUGAGUAUAUAUAACAUAUAUAUAUAUAUAUAUAUACACACACACGCACAUAUUACCAUGAUGUUUGAUCACUUCUUCUCCUUCUCUUUCUAACGGCAGGUCAAAGAAGUUGACCAUCUUGCAGAGAGGGAGGCAGAGGAGGAGAUGGGAACGACGGUGAUUCCGAGCUCCAUGGAAAUGGAGGUCUCCAAAGCUAAUGGAGACAGUUACAAAUCAGAAGGCACCGCCCUCCCUCAGGAGCUGGACGCCGGAGCACUCUUCGUCCUCAAGUCUCAAGGGUCAUGGUCGCACUGCGGGUACCACCUGGCAACGUCAAUAGUGUCACCGGUGCUGCUGAGCAUUCCCUUCGCGAUGAGCCUCCUGGGCUGGACUGCAGGAAUCAUUUGGCUGGCCCUCGUAGGGGCGGUCACUUUCUACUCGUACAACCUCCUCUCCCUAGUCCUCGAGCAACAGGCUCAGAAGGGCCAGCGCCAGCUCCGGUUCCGUGACAUGGCCCGGGACAUCCUAGGGCCUGCUUGGGGGAAAUACUUUGUGGGGCCACUUCAGUUUGCAAUAUGCUACGGUGCAGUUGUUGGCGGCAUUCUCCUUGGAGGACAGAGCCUCAAGUAUAUAUAUUUGCUCUCGAGGCCAACUGGGACGAUGCAUCUCUACCAAUUCAUAGUGAUGUUCGGGGCACUGACUCUGGUUUUGGCACAACUCCCGUCCUUCCACUCCCUCAGACACAUCAACCUCGUCUCUCUUCUCCUCUGUCUUGCCUACAGCGCCUGCACCACCGCUGGCUCCAUUGAUGUCGGAAAUUCGAAGAAUGCGCCAGCUAAAGACUACUCCUUACGCGGGAGCAGAGAAGAUCAGAUCCUUGGAGCGUUCAAUGGAAUUUCAAUUAUCGCCACUACCUACGCCUGUGGAAUUAUUCCUGAAAUACAGGCGACACUGGCUCCUCCAGUGAAAGGGAAGAUGUUCAAGGGGCUGAGCUUGUGUUACUCGGUGAUAGCAGCGACUUACUUCGGUGUGGGGAUCUCAGGGUACUGGGCAUUUGGGAAUCAAGCCCAGAGCUCAUUCCUGAGCAACUUCAUGGGUGGCCUCAACAAGCCAUUGAUGCCCACUUGGUUCCUCCUCAUGACCAACAUCUUUGCCAUUCUCCAGCUAUCGGCCGUCACGGUCGUGUACUUACAACCAACAAAUGAGGUGUUCGAGAAGACCUUCGCCGACCCUAAGAUGGGACAAUUCUCAGCCCGGAAUGUCAUCCCGAGGCUAUUCUUCCGAUCCCUGUCAGUGGUUUUGGCCACGCUGUUUGCCGCGAUGCUGCCCUUCUUUGGGGACAUCCUGGCACUAUUCGGCGCAUUCGGGUGCAUUCCCUUGGACUUCAUACUGCCAAUGGUGCUCUACAAUGUCGCCAUCAUGCCCCCGAGACGGAGCCUAAUCUUCUGGGUGAACACUUUGAUCAUAGUGGCAUCGUUGGUUUUGGUGGUCGUCGGAGGUGUCGCAUCGGUUAGGCAGAUUGUACUCGAUGCCAAGGUUUAUCGCCUGUUUGCUGAUAUGUGAAUUAGUAGUUAUAGCAAACCUCCUUCCUAGAAAUCAUGUCUACCAUUUCUUCAUUAGCCUUUAACGGCUAAUUGCGUAAUUAGGUGAGAGAGAGUUUGACGCAGUACCUACAAUUUUCACCGAGAUUUGCAGUUUUAUAGUCAGAUAUGUAGAUGUGGCUACGCCAGAAGUGACUAAAAUUAAGUAA